UAAAAAAAAAAAAAAAAGAACUCGCCGAUGAGCGAGCAAAGUAAUUUGCAGACACAGGCAGCAGAGAUGAAUGAGAAAGGAAACAGUCAGAACUAGCCGUUAGAAAGGGAGCAGUAAACAAGGUGUAGCUGCACAAAAAGAGAAAAGUGAAGAAAGUGAACGCUGUCCUGUCGGAGCGCUUUUUUGGAAGUUAAUUGCAACCCAAUCCAGCGGCAAAGAACAGGCAGACCGUUUUCAAGUGGGAUGCUUUACCUAGUGUUUUCCCGCAUGCACAAAGAUGUGAGUUUUGAAGAACUAUUUAUUUUUUCCUUACAACUCCCUCUCCCUAUAUUCACUGGAAUACGUGUGGCAAUGGUUGCAUUUAGCUGUUACUUUUGGAAAAGUUAACCUGUACACGUCGAAGACCAGAAAAAAAAUGGAAAUCUUCAAAUGUAUGCAACUCUGGCUUGUGUGGUUUCAUGUGAAGGAGCUGUAAUAUAGCCUUAUUUAUUUAUUUAUUUAUUCUUGAGCUUUAAUGGUAAAGACAUGGAGUAUUUCUUUAGACGAAAAAGGGUUUUAAAAACUCUUCUGAGUUUGUCUCUGCUGUUUGCAACGCUGGUAAUGAUUCACAAAUACAAGCUGGUUGAUGAGAGAGCUAAGGACAGUAUGCUGCCUGUGAGGACGCAGGAGGCUCUGGGAUGGUUUCAGCUGGACAACAACGUUUACCAAAGCAACACGAUACUCAAAGGCGUUUUAAGCAAUAACAAUUCACCACAGGGACUCCCAGACUGUUCAGAAGCGGCUAAUUUGACCGCUGUAUCGAACGCCACCGCCUGGGAUAUCAAACUGGUCAAUUGCACCGAGAACUCGGGGCUGAAGAAAAAGGAUUGGUUUAAACGCAUGGACCCGAGGUUUCACCAGUUUGUUCUGUACAGGCACUGCAAAUACUUCCCAAUGCUAAUAAACCACCCCGAGAAGUGCAGCGGGGACGUGCACUUGUUGAUGGUGGUGAAGUCGGUCAUUGAACAGCACGACAGAAGGGAAGCGGUGCGGAAGACGUGGGGCAAGGAACAAGAGAUAGAUGGAAAGAAAAUCCGGACUUUGUUUCUGCUGGGGAGCCCCUCAGCGGGGAAGGACUCCAAGAACCUGCAGAAACUUGUUGAGUACGAGGACAGAAUAUACAGAGACAUCCUCCAGUGGGAUUUCAUGGACACUUUCUUUAACCUCACCCUCAAGGAAGUUAACUUUCUCAAGUGGUUUAAUAUUUAUUGCCCCCGGGUGCAGUUCAUUUUCAAAGGCGACGACGAUGUCUUUGUGAACACGAACAAUGUUUUGGAGCUGCUAGGUUUUAGGAAGGAAGACCCGAAGGUGGGCGGCUUGUUUGUGGGGGACACUAUUUCAAAAGCAGUCCCGAUUCGGAACAGCCAGAGUAAGUACUUCAUACCCAAAGAGCUUUAUGACAAGCCCUACCCUCCCUAUGUCGGUGGGGGCGGAUUUCUCAUGGCUUCUGGACUGGCCAGGAAAUUAUUUGCGGUUUCUGACGACACCGAGCUGUUCCCCAUAGAUGAUGUGUUUCUGGGCAUGUGUCUUCAAAAAGCUGGCCAUGCUCCAGAACUGCACCCAGGGUUCAAGACCUUCGGGAUAAUGAAACGCAAAGUCAGCCCCAUGAACAACGACCCCUGCUUCUAUAGAAACCUGCUGGUGAUCCACAAACUGAGUCCUGAGGAGCUCCUUAAUAUGUGGAAGAUUGUCUUUAAUGAACAUCUAAUCUGUUCCAAAAGGAUUAUACUACACUGAAUCCAAUGCACAGUGUAACCGUGGAGCAUAUGCAUCUCCUGGCCGGUUUGUAUUGUGCAAGUUUGAGUGUAUAUCUUAUACAUCUUAGGAACCUGGCGAUCGGUAAAAGCUGUUUACCAUUUUCAGAAAAAAAACAACAAUAAACACAAUUGUUAAAAUAUUACGUUUUUGAAGUAUAUGCUAUGAAAUGGUUAAGUAUGAAAACUUUGCACUUGUCAUAGACAACUACCUAUGAAACUGAAACUGUGGGCAGUGUUGAUUUCCUGCCAGAAUACUGUUGUUUGUACGUGCUCCAUAUUAUAUAUAAGUGAACCAACCGCCAAAAAAAAAAACCCUACAGGUGGAUUGUCAUAUGUUCAACUGUUUUCCGAUAUAGUGCACAGACUAUUAAUCUGUAAACACACACUUCAAAAUUCAUCUCAAUGUAAAACAGAGCAGGACUGUCGUACACUGCAGCUUGUGUGAAUUCUCUCAGAAAAAUAAUCAACCUGUCAGUCUGCUUCUUUAACUGCUGUCAUGUAGACACUGCCCAAUUACCCCCUCUCUUAAUAUUUAACGAGACUGUGGCUCACAAACGGACACCUGGUGCAACAUGAACCAGGGCUAUUCAUUAUUCAACGCGAAGAAGAGCGUUUCUUUUUAGGUUAGGAGGUCGGGUGCUGAAUCUGUCGGUAUAGUGCAAUUCAGCUUACUCCACACUAAUAAAUGAAGAAUGUCUGGGAAAAUACAGGCUUUAGCCAAGCCUCAAACUGACACUCAGGCCUUUUCCACCGUUUAAGCAGCUAAGCACAUUUCGACUUUAUCAGUCACGGAAAGUAACCAAAAUGACUGAUUUAGUCACUGGCGGCUUACAACACAAAAUGGUAUUUUAAAAAAAAUAAAUAAAUAAAAACACAUUUUUGACGAUAAAGCGUUGGUGUAUGUUUGCUAGAUAAGAACUAACCAGGGCAUGUGAAACCAGCCGAAAAAAGCAUUUUUUUUUUAAAUUAUUAUUUCUGCCGGGACUCUCCCGUUUUUUGGACACUUCUCCCAGACAACUCCUGGGACAUACCUACAACUGCAAGAACAUGUCUUGAAAUCACAAUACAAUAAUGCAAUAAACAUGCGAGCAUCAUAAAAUGGUAAGGGGACAAUUAAGAAAAUAUAUAAAUAUACAUUGGAGGCUGUUUAAAUUGUGACCACAAAGUAAAAGCCUGCAUUUCCUUGCAAGUCUGUUGAUUAACAAAACAGCAAACGCUUUAUAAGUAAUUUGGAAAAAUGUUCACAUUAUAGUAGAACCAGCAAUGACCGUGAACAGGAGUCAAAGUGUAUGGAGAAUGCGCCCUGAGAGGAGAGGCUGCAGGCAGGAGGCUAAGUUCUUAUCCAGUGCAAAG